GGACACUAGCCGUAGGUGUACAGGUGUCCGUGUGUGAUCUAGAGCGGUAACGCAACCUGACGGUGGCCGCAUCCCCGUCGCUGCAUGAUUUAAGUGCCCCCCAGUCCCACCUAACUCAGUCGGCCAGUGCACUUGAUCUUAUCGGUGGCAGUACUACAAGCGAGUGACACAAGUUCUUGCACCGAUCAGAUCCAACUUCUGCGCAAGAUGCUGGACAAGCUGUGGGACGACGUGGUGGCCGGGCCUCGCCCGGAGACGGGCCUCGACAAGCUCCGCCGCGCCGCCGCCACCCAACCCCUCGCCAUCAACACAGCUGCAGGGGAGGCGAUUAAGCAGUCGCCGUCGAUGCCGACGACCCCGACCACGCCGGUGACGCCGUCGUCGUCGACGCCGCCGCGUGGCGGCAGCGUGUGGCGGAGCGUUUUCCACCCCGGGAGCAACCUGGCCACCAAAAGCCUCGGCGCCAACCUCUUCGACCGCCCGCAGCCCAACUCCCCCACCGUCUACGACUGGCUUUACAGCGACGAGACCAGGACCAGGAGCAACCACCGCUAAAUAAGAGCCGACGGCCAGAGAAUUGAAGACAGGAAGUUCUGCGACGCCGCCAUGUUUGCUGCUCUUUUGGUUAUCUAAUCCUGCAUAGCGUACGUUGCUGUCUGAGGCUGCAUGUAGUUUGUCUUGAGCUUCGUACUACUUAUCUACUAGUGCUUGUAACUUUCUUUUCUUGCCUCGGUCUACUCGCUGCAUGCUAGCGAGUGAUGGGUGUAUGUGUGUGCUUUGUGUACGCUCCAUGUGUAAAUUCUCUUGUGUGUGUGGUGUGGUGAUGUUCUUCUUAAUGUUUAACCACCUACUAUGGUAAGACAAUAACAGCCUCAGAGCAAGUUUUUCC